UUCCAGCUUGACUUGAUAUUAGAUAUGGAGGAUUUGCGUAUAAACUUGAGUUUUCAGGCGUUUUGGCUAUACUGAUACUAAGACACUGAUAGGGCGGUAGUUUGUUUUCAGUCAGCAGUCUGACUUCCCAUUUCCCCCCUUAGCCUCACCUCCAUGUCUCCUGCGCUCCGUGUGUUCACUGGUGACUGGUAGCGCUAACAUGGACUCCAACGCGACUUUCUACAACAAAUAACAGCAAGCGCGACUCCAAAGUUAGACGUUUGGACUCCAGAGGCAGCAGACGAGGAGCAACUUUCAGAUGUCGUGUGAAAAGUGUAACUAGGGAGAGAAAACCGAACUUUUUGAUUUCGUCAUCUAUAGGCUUGGAAGUUGCAUCAUGACGGAAAUUGCCAGUAGAAACUCCAGUGCACACAACCAGUCAGAUUUGUUCAUGUCUGUCUUCAACUCUAGUUGUCGCUUUAAUGAGGAGUUCAAAUACAUCCUGCUUCCUGUGUCCUACAGUCUGGUGUUUAUUGUUGGCAUCACACUCAAUGCUACAGCUUUGUGGAUGUUCUCAAAGAUACGUCCAUGGAAACCCAUUACAGUGUACAUGUUCCACCUUGCCCUGUCGGACUUCCUGUACGUCCUCUCCCUGCCCACUCUCAUCUACUAUUACGCCAACCGCAGUCACUGGCCCUUUGGUGUUGCUGCCUGCAAAGCUGUUCGCUUCCUCUUCUAUGCCAACCUCUACUGCAGCAUCCUCUUCCUCACCUGCAUCAGUGUGCAUCGUUAUCUUGGCAUCUGCCAUCCUAUCAAGGCUCUGACCCUGUUGAAGUCUCGUCAUGCCCACCUGGUGUGUGGCAUUGUGUGGGGUGCAGUGACUGUGUGCCUGGUGCCCAACCUCAUCUUUGUCACCACCUCCAGGAGGGACAAUGACACCCUGUGCCAUGACACAACUAGGCAGGAAGCCUUUGAGGAAUACGUGGACUACAGCUCUGUUGUCAUGGUGCUGUUGUUUGGCAUCCCAUUCAUGGUCAUUGUGGUGUGUUACUGCCUGAUGGCGCGGGCCCUGUGCCGGCCCAGAAGGGGAUUAUCUGCCAGCCAGCAGAGCCACUCACGUCAGAAAUCCAUCAAGCUCAUCAUCAUAGUGCUGGUGGUUUUUGCAGUAAGUUUUGUCCCAUUUCACAUCACACGGACCCUCUACUACACAUCUCGUGUGCUGGAUCUGAACUGUGAAUUCCUCAACAUUGUAAACUUUACGUACAAAAUCACCAGGCCGCUGGCAAGCGUCAACAGUUGCAUUGAUCCCAUUCUUUAUUUUCUGGCUGGGGAUCAUUACCGAUCCAAAUUCAUGUCUGCUCUGUCAAGAAGAAGAGGGAUGACAAGUAGCCAAGCACCUGAACAGGCACAAAGUCAGCCGAACAGUAACUGCAGUAUAGGUCUUGUAAAUAAGAACUCGUAACAUAAAGAAAGUGGAGAUGAAGAGAAAUGAUGGGACAUUUCUGCUAUUUCAUGCCUUACACAUGGUUUCUUUUCUCCUUGCUGCCUCAAUAUUCAUUUGGUUUUGAGACAAAGUUCAAGUGUUUUUUUUUUGUUUUCUUAACAAAAGACUGUUCCUUUUUUACAAUGUUCUAGUUUAGUUCCUUUUUCUUGUGUACAGUGACUUAACACAAAGGGAUCAUUACAUGAAACUACGCAUAUGAAUGGAAAGUUUUUAUACACAGAGUUCUUUAUAAGAAAAUGCUUCCUUCACAGAAGAAACAGUAUAUAUCUAUAUAUAUAUAUAUAUAGAUAUAUACUGUCCAGUAAGGUCAUCUUCUCUGAGUCAAAUUUUCAGCCUUGCCCAACACCUAGUCAUUUUAUUGUUAGAUGGAGACCUGGAGAGGUCUACAAGCCACGAUGUCUCACACUGACUGUUAAAUAUAGAGGAGGAUCAGUGAUGAUCAAGUGGUUUCAGCAAGGCUGGGAUCCUUUUGGAAGGAUGCCUUAAUAAAACUACAUACAAGAUUAUCCUAGAAAAGCAUUUACUUCCUUAUGGUAAGACUGUGCUCCCCACCUCAGAGGUUUACAGCAGGACAAUCCUCCAUGCCACAUAGCCAGGGGAAUCAUGGUCUGGAUGGAGGAUCACCACAUCGUGGCCAGCUAAAUCUCCAGAUCUGAACCCUAUUGAAAACCUCUGGAAUGACAUCAAAAGGUCAAAAGAACGUGGAUUUUCUCAACCCAUCAAGCAAAGCUGAGCAGUUUGAUGAAUAAAUAUAUAAAUAAAAAGACAGGGAUGAGGCAAUCCUUCCUGUUUUAUCGGCACUGUUUUUCUGUUACUCAGAAACAGCUGCAACCAGUGCAGCUCCGGAUCUCGGCCCAGCUGUUUUUAUUCUUUAACUGUGACUUUUUCUCUGUAAAGAAAAGAGGGGAGGGUGGCUCUGGACAGUCUCUCUGCCUUUAAAACCACCCACACCUCAACAGAUGGAGAAUGAAUCCCCCUCCACCCCACCUCCCCCUUUUUUUUUUACCUCUGGGAGUGACAUGCAGUUUAGAGGCCUUUAUCUACCAGUCAUCUAGGUUAAACUUGAUUGUUUUGCAAGAGCUGAAACCACUCCUGGAAAGUUUUACUGAAAGAUAUAGAGCUCCCCACCCUUGUUUUUAUGUCAGUAUAUGAAACCUGUGCCACAUGAUAUUCUCCUGAUUUCAAGUAUGAGCACAAUCUUUUAAAAUGUUUUUGUAAUAACGGUUUGAUAUGUCCUAUAAAUGUUACCACGUGAUAUAAAACGAAUACAUGUGACGUGAUGAUGGAGGGAGUCUUUCGUGUGUUGUCCAUGGAAAAUGCAGGUCUGCUUAACCUCUUGACGUCUGAAUUCAUUUACAAUUAUAAAAAACAAAAUAAAUGCAGACAAAUUAGGGAAAAAAAGCAAAACAAAAGGAAAUAGAGUGAAAUAAAAUAAGUUACAAUUAAAUAUUUAACAAAUUAAUAAUAAAUAAUAAAUUAGGGAUAAAAUAAAAAUGAAUACGGGGCAUAUAAACUCAAAUUUGCAACACCAGGCAUCAAGGGGUUAAGAUUUAUUGAGGUUAUAUUGAAGCCAUUUUAAUCCCAGUAAACCAGUAACUCCUGUUUAGUCAAACUGAAACAUUUUCUGACACGAAUGGGCACAUCUCGUAAUAAAUUUAGAAAGUGAAAGUGAAUUUCUCGAAAAUCAAUGACACAUUUUUCACAAGAAGUCUGUUUUCAACUGUAAAGGCAAGUGAAAGUAUUUGUUAAAAAAACAAAAAAAAAAAAACAAACAAAAAAAAAACAAACACCUAAUCUAAUUCA